UCCUCCAACUCCCAACGACCCACGUUUAGUAGUUUACACGCAAACACGAAAAAGAAAAAGAAACAUAAAACUCGAGAGGGUCGUUGGUUGCUGCGGCCCUGCCUGCCCUGUUGGGUGUCUUCUUCUUUUCACUUCCAUUGAUUCUCUCUCUCUCUCUUUUGCUUUUGCAGUUUUGCUUCCUCCUUUUAUGGGUUAUCUGGGUUCUUCAGACAAACAAAUGGAAGGGUAAGAGAUGGAGUAGAAUAGAAAUCAAAGAUUGAGAUGAAAGACUGAAAUGGAGGGAGCAGAGGAAGAGCUGGAGAGAAGAAGCAGGUUUCUUAGUAGUCUCAUACAAAAGAAGAAAGCCAUUGAACAGCAAGAGCAGCAUGAAGGUCUCAACAUUCGAGUCAGGGCUGCUGACAUGCCCGUCGCCUUACAACACCGCGCCUUUCGCUGUGCCAGAGACACACUCGACUCUAUGCCCAAGAAGCUCGACAGCAAACGUCUGGCACUCGCUCUUAAGAAGGAGAUGAAUGGAGAUGACACCUUACCCAUUGAACACCAAAUGCACAGGGAUGCUAUAAAUGGUUUCAUUCAGGAAUUUGACACAUCAUAUGGUCCAGCCUGGCACUGCAUUGUGGGAACUAGUUUUGGCUCAUACGUUACCCAUUCACUAGGAGGUUUCUUAUACUUCUCCAUUGACAAGGUUUACAUACUUCUCUUCAAGACUGCUGUUGAGCCCAUGAGUCAUUGACAGUGUCGUGAAUUGAAUAUAAGCACUUAUGUCAGUUGUGUGAUAUUUGGAAUUGUAAACUUGCAAAUUGGAUGUUUAAUGUAAAUUUAUAAAGCUUCCCGUCA